CCAACUUAAAAGCAGCAUGAAAUAAUUACAGAAAAUACAAAGCAAAUACUAGCAGAAACCCAUCAAAAUUUCGGGUGUAUUCACUCAGUUGCUCUUGUUAUGGGUGAACUAAUGAGCAGAGGGUUUGGUUGAGUUGUCAAGCCAAGCACUAAUUGAGCAAGGACUUGGAUUAUAAUGGACAGCAUUGAUAUAGCGUCGCUCUCCCCGGCGCAGCGCGAGGAGAACACCAUUAGGUUGAACGCCAUUGAGAGCAUCGAGGAAAUCUAUAAGACCUACAAGCCCCUGGAGCCCGAGCUGCGCACCUCUUCCACGUCCACCCUAAAAGAAGGCAACAAACAGAACUCUGGAGAAAGUGAGGACUCCAUUGCAUCAGACGACAUAUCAACUAAAACGGAUUCCUUAAAUACGCCAGCUUCGGUAGAUGACAUAGAGAACACCAAAAAUGAAGAAAAACCAGAAACUACAAAAGACUCUUCUAAAUCGAAAGACCCCACAAUCUCGAUCGAAGAAUCAAACAAAGAGCUUUCGGGGAAUUUAAAAUUUAAAAACUCCGAUUUUCGUAUAUCUUCCGGUGAAAUAAAAACAGAGUCGCAUCAGAAGAGUGUCGAAAAGGAUCCGGGUGGCACCAGAACUAAAGAUGGUUCCGGCAUAAGAGAUCCUAUCGCAUCGAAGAACGCCGUCAAAUUUUCUGCACAGAGCGGCGGACAGGAAGAAAUGGCCGCUAAUGGAUGUUAUGCACAGCAGAUGGGAAUGCAAAUGGGAACGGGAAUGGGUAUGGAUAUGGGUAUGGGCAUGGGCAUGGGCACGGGCAUGGAUAUGGGUAUGGGAAUGGGAAUGUUACCUGGAAUGGGCAUGGGCAUGGGCAUGGGCAUGGGUACGGGAACGCCUAUGAGCACGGGCAUGGAUAUGGGAAUGGGCAUGGGAAUGUUACCAGGAAUGGGUAUGGGCAUGGGUACGGGCACGGGUACUACUAUAGCCACGGGCACGGGCACGGGCAUGGAUAUGGGAUUGGGAAUGUUACAGGGAAUGGGCAUGGGCAUGACAAUGCCUGAAGGCAGCCUCAACUAUUGUGGCUAUAGCCUGACACAGCCAUCAGCAGAGGGAGCUUAUCAAUACCAAAUGCCUGAGGCAGACUACUUGAAGUAUGCCCAGUUGCAGUCACAGUCAUAUCCCGGCAUGGAGAACUAUAUGCAGUUCCAGCCGCAGCCGCUGCAACAGUAUCUGAAGGCUCAGAUUCAACAGAUGCAACAGCAGCAACAGCAGCAAAAAACACAGGCACAGCCACAGUCUGGAGGCGGACUCAAUAACAUCUAUGAUUCGUGUACAUCGAGCAGCUAUUGUAAUGAAUGCAACGCGAGCGACUGCCUGCCAGAGAAUUCAUCCUGUUCCAGUGCAUCGAUGGAUUGCUGCGUCAGAGCUGACAAGCCGGAGGACAGGUCAGCGACGGAAAGCGGCUCCAGCGAUACGCGAACUACGGAUUGGAGCAGCCUGGAGCAGCAAAGCAGCGAGAUGUCCGACUGCACGGACGUACGACAGUGUCAAGUGGCCCACAAGGCGGCCCGGAACGGCAACAGCGGCAAUCCGCAGUGCAAUGCCACGUGCCAUGGCGGACUUUGUCAGUUGAACACCUGCGACAUGUCCAGCUCGGCCACGUCCAGCGACUCCGCCAUGGAGUACUGCUCUUGUGGACAAAAUGGCAGCUGCCCCAUGCCCGCAGGCAUGCCGGGCGGAGCAUGUGGUGUUCAGAACGACAUGAACAUGUCCUGUCCACUGGUCUCCGCCGACUGCAUGCAGGCGUCCUGCGUACCGCCUACCUCGUGCUAUCAGAUGCCCUGCUGCCCGCAACAGGGCUCUUUAUGCGCUCAGAUGCCCUGCUGUUCAUCCUACCCGCAGAGCAAUGUCUGCGCGAACAACUGCUUGGAUAUUGAGGCCUUCAUACAGAAGUUUCGAACAACGCAGACACCGUGCUUGCCCAAUUGCCUAACUGCUCCAUCGCCGCCUUGUCUGGGCCUGGGCAUGGGCAUGGGCAUGGGCAUGGGCACGAGCUGUGGCCCCAGUCCCAGCUGUGGCCCCAGUUCCAGCUGUGGGCCCAGUCCCAGCUGUGGCCCCAGUCCCAGCUGUGGACCCAGUCCCAAUUGUUGCCCCGGUCCCAGCUAUGGGACCUGUCCCAGCUACUCUACCAGAAUGGAGCCCAUCUGUUCUGGCAAUGACUCGAUGCUGCCGCAAACCGUUUACUCCGCCGACUACAAGCCGGUCUGUGCACCCGGCAACAACUUCAAUCAUUUUCCCAAAUGCGAGACUUGCGGCGGCUGCGGCAGCUGCAGCGGCUGUGGCAGCUGCAGCAACUGCCUGAGCAGCCCCCCUCCCGGGUGCUACCCGGCUGCACCCUGCAUGAUGCCACAGCCAGGCUGUGGCUUUGAGACGCCCUGUGCCACCAAUUGCAUGAUGCCACCGAAUGCCUUCUGCGGCUCGUCCAGGCCCAUGUCCUGCUCCUAUCCCUAUUCAGCUCCUUGUCCAGCACAGUUCACUCAACCGUGUCAACAACAAUAUACUCAAUCGUGCCCUGCACAAUACACUCAAUCGUGCCCUGCACAAUAUACUCAAUCGUGCCCUGCACAAUACACUCAAUCAUGCCCUGCACAAUACACUCAAGCGUGUCCCGCACAAUUCCCUGGAUCUUGUCCGGCACAAUAUCCUGGAUCUUGCCCUGCAGCUUUUGAGGCGCCAGUCGAUGCUGGCUGCGGAGGACCUCCCCUCUGCAAUAUCUCCUCACAGUCAACCAGCUGCAACCUCAGCCAAUAUUCGUCGUGUAUCUAGGACUAGUGAAUUCUAAACCUCUGCCCGAUUGCUCAAAAUAUAUAUUUCAAUGAAAUAAGCUGCUGAAAAUACACAAAAGCUUUGCUUAAAUUAACCAAAUAAUAAACUAACGAUUCCAAACUGCAAA